AUGUCCUUCGCCGCCUUUCCCAGAAGGACAGGAAUGAUGACUGACCAGUUCCACGCCGUUUCUGUCUCUGCUGCGGCAACAACAACAACAGCAGCAGCAACAAGAGUAGCCGGGUCGGCGGAUGAGCGUCCUGCUCCGAAUAUCGCUGAAGCACCUGAAAACGGCGGCGGCUCACGCAAUGGGUGGGCACAGCAGCAACAGCAACAGCGGACUCCAGCAGACCGAGAGAUGCUCCCCGCACUUUCUUCUUGCGUGAAUCCAACAAAUACCAAUGCGAGGGCAGAGUGGCACAAUGACCUGCCCCCUCGUGAAGACUUCUGCACCGACCCGAUUCGCAAGAUGCGGCGCGAUGGACACUUUCCGUGGAAAUUGACCGUAAAUUGUUUCAUGCUUCUCUUCUUCCUGCUGCUUACCACACUGUACGAAACUCCAGAGGCCAAAGGGGGCGAGCAGCAACGCAAGGCAGUGCUUCACCACUUCCUGGGUAAGGAUUAUCUCGGGAAGGACAAGGGAGACAUUAUAUUGCGGCCAACCGUAUUCAUGCACAGCCGCAAAGAUGUGUUAAAAGGCAUUCGUGACUUUGUGGCAAUGUAUUACGCUCUAUCCGACACCUCCGUGAGCGAAUUGAAGUACUUCUACUAUUCCCACAGUGGUGACGGGCCUGGGGUCCUGCGUCGUGUUGUGGGCGACGAGAUCUCACAGGAACGUGUCAACAACCUUCACACAUUUUUGAAUGAGGACAUGAGUAAUAGCGGGUCUGAAAAUUCUGGGCUCAACCUCGACUGGGUUGAACCGGUACAGAUGGAAGUGGACGCGUACCUUUACUCCCAGAUAGAGCACCGUGGGCCCUCGCCUAAGCGUCACAUGUCUUUCAUGCUGACGGAGAAGGAUCCACUGGGUCCCUUUGCUAACGAUGAGAGAAACGAGCACAAUGAUGAUGAUCUCUGCAAUAAUGCUGAUACGAAUACCCGUGUUAGGUGCUUGUCCAGAAGGGGUAAGAGGAGUGGGGAUGGUGUUACUUAUCAAUACGUGAAGGGGGCGUGUACCCCGCGGUAUGAUGAUAUCACCGGGCACUACUACAAUCCCUGCCGUACCUCUAGCAAAGAUUUUGAUGAUAAUGAUACGGAAGAGGGAGCAAUCUUUCCUCUGAUGGAUAAUGUGCAGUUUAUCCGACUGCGCGCCUUCGUGCGACACUUGACGGAUGCGAUGGCGAAUAGCCACGAGACGAGCAGUGGCUUCUCCACUCUCAUCUACCACUGGACUAUUGAGAAAAGAUUCAAGUUUCACCCAGGUGGUCUUGUGGAGAUGUCGCUUGACGUAAGUGUUACUACGAGACGCCUCGAUCCAUACUUUCAUCCACGCUUUUUCCUUGCGGGGGCACUAAUGCUGCUUGCCUUGCUCGAUAUGGUGCUUCGUUAUCGUGCACUAGUGCGCAUUGCGGCGUACCGUUUGCAAAUCUCAGAGGCGCAGAGUCCGACACAGGAAGAAGAGCCACUGUGCACUCUCGGAGUGACGAAUCAUGGUGAAGUGAAUGGCAACAGUGGAAGCAGUGGCUCUCUUGGCUCCCCUCAAGUCUCAUCCAAUUCCACAAACUCCCGGGACACAUUAACAUGGCAGUCGACAGGGCUUCUGCAGCGGAUGAGGCGCUCUCGCCCCCCAAAAAAACAGGCAUCACAGGUGCGAUACGCUGCCACAUUCAUGACUGAGACAACGUACACAGACUUCUACGACACGUGGCGGCAGCAGCUGCAGCAGUCACGGGGCGAAGGAUGGCACUAUAUUGCUCUGGCUGGUGACGUCUUGACGGUGGCGUAUGCGUCGAUGUCGUUUGUGCCGCUGCGGGAGUUGUCGCUGACGGAGGCGUAUGAAGUCUCGGAGAACAUUCUCCUGGGCCUAGCUGGCCUGGUUCUCUCUGUGAAUCUGCUUUCGUACUUGCGCUACUUCCCGCAGGUAUAUUUCAUGGUCCGGGCGACGCGUCAUGUGGUUCCCAAGUUGCUGCAGUUCGUGAUGAGCAUGCUGCCCAUAUUCUUUGGCUUCGCAUUUUUCUACCACAUUGUGUUUGGACCUCACUCCAACGGUGAGUUUACAGACAUGGGCUUCACCUUUGUGGCGCUCUACUUCAUGAUGUUCGGCGAUGCCAUCCUCCCAGCUAUUGAGAACGCAGAGAACUCUGCGUUUGUCAUCGUGACCAUUCUCGCCAACUUCAUGACUAUGCUGUUUAUCCUUCUCUUUAUGAUGACGAUGCUAAACGUUGCCAUGUCCAUCACGCAGAACGAGUGGGGAAUUCUGCGCCGCCGCUUCGGUGCCUGCCUGAGCGUCGGCAAUGUGCUCUUCGCCGUGCGCACGCGCGAACAGGUAAAGACGGAGGCAUUAGAGACAAUCAUCGCGAACCUUGAAUUGCUGCUUCAUAUACGGCACGAAGAGCAGUUGAACGCGACGGCGGCGCCAGUGGAGGGGGUCGCCAACAACGACGCAGGUAACGCUGGCGGCAGGGACAGAGGCGGUGGCGAUAAUGUGUCGGAGCGGCGACAUCAAAACGUGGCUGAACUCUACAUGCGCCGCCUGGAUGAGCUUACAGAAGGUGUGUUGGACGAGGAGGGAUGA